UCUCCGGCACCUUCUACCCUGUGGUUUGGUGCAUGCCGCGUGCCCGUAGCCCAGGAAGUAGAAGUAGAAGUAGCCCCUGAGGCGGAGGCCCAGGUUGAAGCAGAACCAGAACCAGAACCAGAACCAGAGGAGGAGCAGGUGGUUCAGGAAGAGGAAGAGGCCUAUGAAGAGGAAGGGGAGGAUGACGAUCAAGAUGAGGAGAAACCAAAGUUCAAACCCAGUGCUCCAAAGAUACCCGAUGGAGAGAAAGUGGACUUUGACGACAUCCAGAAGAAACGUCAGAACAAAGACCUUUUUGAGCUCCAGUCGCUGAUCGAUGCUCACUUUGAGUGCAGGAAGAAGGAGGAAGAGGAACUCAUCGCGCUCAAAGAAAGAAUUGAGAAGCGUCGCGCGGAGCGCGCCGAGCAGCAGAGGAUUCGUGCUGAGAAGGACAAAGAGCGGCAGGCGAGGCGUGAGGCUGAGAGAAUAAGAAAGGAAGAGGCCAGCGCCCAGAGACAAGCUGACGAUGAAGCCAAGAAGAAGAUCGCUCUGACCAACAUGGGAACGGGCUUCAGCAGCCACCUGCAGAGGAUUGACGCGAGGAGGGGCAAGAAGCAGACUGAAAGAGAGAAGAAGAAGAAGAUCAUGGCGGAGAGACUCAAACCUCUCAACAUCGACAACUUCAACGAGGACAAACUGAGGGAAAAAGCGAACGAGCUCUGGGAUAAACUGCGCGACCUGGAGGAAAUUAAAUACGACCACGGCCAGAGGCUCACGAGACAGAGAUAUGAGGUCAUCUCUCUUAGAAACCGCAUUGAUGAGCUGCAGAAACAUAGCAAGAAGGGAGCCGCGGCGCGCCGCAGGAAGUGAGCGACUCCUGCAGGAGCAGCAGGCCGCUGCGAGCAGGAGGCACCGCGGCCCUCAGCAUCCGCACGUCGCCCUGCUGUGUCAGCUGGAGGGGAAUGGUUUCAGGAUGAGCUACAAUUUAAAAGAACAUUGUAAAGGAUAAAAAAACAAAUGUUACCACUGAAAAACGGAUUGAUUUGUGUCCUAUGAAUGAGUGAUGUCCAUCUAUUGCAAGUUCAACAAGUGUACUAAGCUUAUAGCUGUUAAUUCAAAGGUUCAUAAGAAACAUGAGGAUUUUUAGAUUAAAAACAUUAUUAUUUAUUGCUUUUAAACCUAAAAGUAACAGUUUGUCUGAACAAUUUGCCAUCAAGUUACUUCUGGCAGAACUUUUAUGAGAAAUAAACUUCUGUUCCAGUUACCCUCUACACAGUUCAAGGUUUCAUCACACCAAGUGUAUUCUAUCCUUUCCUCCAAUGAUGUGUUAACUUAUUAAUAGUGAUUUGUUUUAUCAUAAAAUAUUUUCCAAAAGGUCUGAUCAAUAAAGAUACCACAGAGA